AUGGGCACCUUGCAGGCGCUCCUCUCCUUGCUGUUCUCCACGUGGCUUCAGCCAGGAAAUGGACAAAUUGCCGGCAUGGUCCAGCUGCCAGGUGGAAGGUUUGAGAUGGGAACAAAUUCUCCCGAUGGCAGAGAUGGUGAAGGGCCUGCUCGGGAGGUGACAGUAAAACCCUUUGCCAUUGACAUUUUUCCUGUCACCAACAGAGACUUCAGGGAGUUUAUCAGGGCCACCAAGUACCAGACAGAGGCUGAGGCAUUUGGGUGGAGCUUUGUCUUUGAGGACUUGGUCUCCGAGGAGCUGAAGAAAAAAGCCACCCAGCAAAUGAAGUCUCUCCUCUGGUGGCAUCCUGUGGAAAAGGCUUUCUGGAGGCAGCCUGCAGGUCCCGGUUCUGGCAUCCGAGAGAGACUGGAGCUGCCCGUGUUACACGUGAGUUGGAACGAUGCCCGUGCCUACUGUGCUUGGCAGGGAAAACGGCUGCCCACCGAGGAGGAGUGGGAGUUCGCCGCCCGAGGGGGCCUGAAAGGUCAGGUUUAUCCCUGGGGGAACCAGUUCCUGCCAAACCGCACCAACCUGUGGCAGGGCAAGUUUCCCAAAGGUGACAAGGCCGAGGACGGUUUCCAUGGGGUCUCCCCGGUGAAUGCAUUCCCCCCACAGAACAGCUAUGGGCUGCAUGACCUCAUGGGCAACGUGUGGGAGUGGACAGCCUCGCCGUACCAGCCUGCCCAGCAGGACAUGCGAGUUCUCCGGGGGGCAUCCUGGAUCGACACAGCAGAUGGCUCCGCCAAUCACCGUGCCCGGGUCACCACCAGGAUGGGCAACACCCCAGAUUCAGCCUCAGACAACCUAAGCUUCCGUUGUGCUUCCAGCGCAAGCCGUCCGCCUGAGGAGCUGUGAGCAGCCCAGCAGACAAGGAGAAAA